AAGGCCUAAAUAAAAAUACUGAAGGGAUCAUCAUUAAGGAUUUCACCUGGAAUAAUCCGAUUCAUGGAAUUGAAAAAAUAAUCAAUAAUAAACAUACAAAGUUUGAAUAAGAUUAACUGUGAUUGGGCAUUACUUAUUUUGCUUAUAUGCUGCCAUGCCAUGUUGGAUUAUCUAUAAGUAUACGUUUAUCUAAACUGUAAGUUGCACAUUUCUACUCUCUAAGAUAGAUAUAUAGAUGGAUGGAUGGAUAGAUGAAUGGAUGGAUGCUGUGGUUAUUGAGGAAUGUGAUGGGAGGGGCCAGCAGACUCCAUCCUGACCACUGAUAGAUAUAUUACUAUAUAAGAGACGAUCUCACUGUCCAAGGGUCACAUUUGGUGGAGUCCCAGGACAUUCACGAUGCGGUGUCUGCUUUCAGCUGCUCUUCUGUCUGUGAUUGUGCACCUGUGCUCCGGUGCAGACUGGUGCUACCAGACACAAGUGAGCUGUGAAUCUCACUGUAAAGGACCAGACCGAUGGAGUGAAGUCAAUGCAGACUGUGGGAAGAGCAGACAGUCACCAAUCAACAUCGUGACCAAGAAAACCAAGCUGGACGAGCGGCUGACGCCUUUCAAAUUCACCGGCUACCAGACCAUAUUCGAGAGCACCAUGAAGAACAACGGCCACUCGGUUCAGGUCAGUAUACCCAUCACAGCCACAGUGUCUGGAGGAAACCUGGGAGAAACGUACAAAGCCGUGCAGUUUCACCUCCACUGGGGCAACAAUGGAGGUCCUGGAUCUGAACACACCGUCGAUGGAGAGCAGUAUCCUAUGGAGCUGCAUAUUGUGCACAUGAAACAAAGAUACAACAGACUUGAAGACGCACUCAGAGAUCCCUCAGGAAUCGCGGUGCUGGGAUUCUUCUACGAGGAGUCGAGCAGCUCUAACAGAAAGUACGAUCUCUUCACACACGGCCUGCGGAGCAUCCAGAAUACAAAUGGAAACACGACGCUCCGUAAGAUUUCUCUGAAUCAGCUCAUUCUGCCUGAAGCCAACAUGACGAACUAUUACCGGUACGACGGCUCUCUGACCACACCGGGCUGCACGGAGGCUGUGGUGUGGACGGUGUUUGAAAACCCCAUUCCCCUCGACAGAGAACAGCUCCGGGCUUUUUCCACCCUGAAGUUUCACGAUGGGAACCAGAUGGUGGGAACGUUUAGACCCGUUCAGCCACGUAAUGGACGUGUGGUUUACCGGUCCAGUGGAGCAGCGGUCACCGCCAGCGCUGUCCUGAUUCUGGCCUCCAUCAGUGCAGCGUUAGGCCUGUCCCGUCCGAACUAGAGCAAGACCGACCCGAUACCGACACACAAUCAACACAAUGAGUUCUCAGCCAAUCAACAGACCAGCAGACGCAAGUCUAGUGUCCACAGCACACUAGAGAAGUUAGUGUAGAAUCUGACCAGUAGACGUGUGUUCAUAUCUAUCAAUAGAGUUGUACUAAAGCCACUCUGACUUUCUGUGAAGGUCUGACGGGGAAUAAAUGCAUGACCUUUAUCUGUUAUAGACAUCUGGCAAACACACACACACACACACACACACACCGACACACACACACACACACACGUGGGCUAUAUUUACAAAGACUUUGAUGUGCUGGAGAUGUGCAUUAAUAACACACACAGCGAUGAACAGUACUCAACUGAUGAAAGGUCACAGAGGUCAAGGGUGAAAGGUCACAGAGCCGUGAGAAUAGAUCAGAGAGAAACCCAGAUAUAGCAAGCACACAAAUACAUCUACAUUAAAUUUGCUGAGUUUCAUCGAGUGUUUCACACUUGAGAUCAAAAGAAUCAAAUUCACUUUAAAUUAAUCAACUGAUCGAGAACUGAGAAUUUACAUUUAUAUGUGUGUGUGUGUGUGUGU